GCGGCACGAUUUUGAAACAAUGGCCGACGCUGUGGAUUUUUUGGAAAAGUGGCCUGCUCAUGCUACUGGAAGAUCCUAUGCGAGAUCUCAAGCUUCCAUUGUAAACAGUAGAAUUGUUUCACUAUCAGAAGUCGAGACAAAAAUUUCAAAUCUGAUUCCCAAACCUAAGUUCCUGGAAACCCUUGAAAAAAAUAUAGCAGAUAGACUGAAAGACAUACAGCCAGAUGACAGAGACUCCAGAUUUCAAAUCUUCAAGGAAGCAUUCCAGUCAUUUAUUUAUUCUUUUAAAACCUACAAACAUUUUCUCUCCAGUAUAUACCAAGAAUACGAAGAGUUCCUCAAUUUUUAUAAGGCUGAGGCGCAAAAGUUAAGGCCAGUGAAAGAGUAUCUCUGGACGAUUUCACAGGAAUGUGAUGAACGUAUUCUUAAAAUUCAAAAGAAAGAAAAACCAGAGAUCAAUAGCUUAAGACGUGAAAUUGUACGACUUAGAGAUUUGAUUUCACAAUUAAAAGGGGAGAAGUUGGGCCUAGAAACUCAGGUUGGACAUUUAACUCAAUCAUUGAAAGAAGAACAUGAAAAAUUCCGAUAUGAAGCAGAUGCAAAGCUUUUGUUAAUUUCAGAAAUUAAUGCAAUGAGAAUGCAGUUUGAUGAAAUUGAAGUAAUCACUAAACAUGCACAAAUUAAAACAAACGAGAAUGACGAUCCAGUUCUUUUGAAAAUAGCUCUAGAACAAGCGAGAAAAGCACAAUCAGUUUCCGAAUUUGAAUUAGUUCAAUUAAAAGCAGAAUAUGUCAAUGUUAUGCCAAAAAACCGAUAUGAUAUGUUAAUGGAUGAAAAUCUCCAACUAAAAAAUGAUUUUGAAGCCAUAAUGAAGGAAUACGAAGGACUGAAUGAAUCAUUUAAACUUUUGAAAAACCAGUUAAAUGAAGUAAUGAAGCAACGCGAUGAAUCAGAAUCCAAGAUACAACAAAUGCAAAAAGUAUCAACACCCAGACCGGAAUGGAAUGAAGUUGGACGUAAAUUACCUGGUGGUUUAACAAAAUGGUUAGAAGAAACCGUUUCAAUGACAUCACAAGAGAAAAUGCAUUUCAUGGUCAAUCAGUUUACACUACAAAAUAAUGAAAACACUGAAUUCAAUCUAAAUACAUAUAUUAAGGAAGAAUUGAAUUUUAUCCCUUUAUUUUUGCAAACUGACUCAACUGUAAAACCCAGACCAAUGCAGCUGAGAGAUUGCCUGUUAAUAGUUCAUGAAUUAUGGUUAACGAGAAAAAGUGAGAAAGAUUUCAUUAAGGAACAAUCAUUAGGACAACGAAGACGUUUACUUACGUCUAGACGACUUUCACAGGUUCAGACGAGGUCACAUCCACCAGCUGGUACGCAAUCGAAAUCACCUAGUACUCAUCAUCAACACCGUGAUGUAUUUAAAUCAUUCGAUGAAUUCUUAAAUCAUUUCUUUAAACAAAUCUAUGGUAUUGAACAAAUUCGUAUUGAAUGGGCGCAUACAUUUUACAGUAUGUUAGUGAAAGAAACACAUUGUUAUAAAUUAAUUGAACUGAAAAAAAUUAUUGACAAUAAGAUGGAUGAAGAAUGUCACUGGCAUUUUGAAUCAUGGAUCAAAUCAAUUGAAGAACAAAUUCUACUAUUUAUUGACUCAAAUAAUAACAAUAAUAAUAGUAGUAUGAGUAAGUGAUGAUAAAUGAAAGGAAAUAAAUUAAUUGUUUUUUCAAGACUGAUCACGAACUGACUUCAGUUAGGGAAACAAUGAAAACUAGGGAAUACUACGCAGCCAUUCAGUCCAACUUUGGAACUCUUCAGCAGUAUGAAAUCUUGACUCCAUCCACUUAGGGUCGAAUCCAGGUCCUUUAGCAUGGAAGACAAGCUUGUUGACCAUCCAGCCAAUGGCACCGGAUCCAGUGACCCAUGAAUUUUAACUUAUGCCAAUCAGUGACAUGUAUCGUGACCGCCAGCCAAUGUCAUCAGAGAGUACUUGUGCUCACACCCAACUGAGUGGACCCCCCCCUGCCUAAGACUUCCUACUGUAACUUUAGGAAACUUUAUCCUGUAUUCAGACACUAGUUAGCACUAGAUCAAUUUUUAAAGUACUAGUUUUUGGUUCUGUAACUGAAGCCAGUCCGUAAAAAUCUUGAAGUGGAAUCGAAUUCCUGUAAACUAACACUUGAAAGCUAUUUUUUCACUUACUAGUUUUUCCACUGAACACAGAAGGUAUUCAUGAGAAAAAGAAAUUAAUUUUAAAACAAACACUUAGUGAAGCCUUGCUGGAUAUACUUGGUCAAAAAAAUCUGAACAGAUUAGAUACACUAAUUCAAACAGCUUCAGAGUAUGCAAGUUUACAAAUUAAAGAACCAUCUAACUUGUCCUCAUCCUCCACAUCAGUUGAAUUGCCAUCACUGUCAAAUCUAAAUAUGAAAGGAGGAAGUGAACCUAAUCAGUAUCAAGUCAGCAUACAGUAUAUGAUUGAUUUUAAUAAAUUAUUUGAAGAUAUACAUGCUGAAGAUAUUAAUCCAUUCAUAAGUGAAUUGCUGUCUGUUUAUAAGCAAUUGAAAACAGCCUUUAUUAAUGAUAUUGUUAGCGAAAUCCAAAAGUUAACGUCAAAUGAAGUACAACAAAACAGUAUAACAUUAACUGAGUUAAAAAAUGCAAUUGAAACAAUCUCCCCAUCUACCGCUGUAACAUUUAAUCUACAACCAAAAAGUGGAAAAACUAUUUCAACCCAGUCAGUACAAUCUCUAGAUGCUGAUUCAACUUUAGAAUGGAUAUUUAAAAUUAAUCCAAAUGAACCGCUAGUACAAUCAUUAACACUGAACACAUUAAUUAAACGACUUGAAGGAAGUAAUUUAUUUCCAGAUUAAUUUAAAGAAGGAGAAUCAAUUACGUUAUCUUUUAAAUGGUGGUGAACUAAUCAAAGACAAUUAACUGAUCACUAAAAUACUGUUCUUUCCACACAAUUUUAUAAGCGACCUUCAUAUAUCAAUGUUAUGCAUGCACGAUUUAAUGUUUGAAUCUAAAUAUUUAUUUAUAGUAUCUCUAAAAUUUGCUGUUCUGAUGAGUUUAUUUUUCGAAAAUGGAGCUAAAGGACGAGUACUACUGUAAAUUCAAUCGGUUAUGAUACAGUGAUUAUCCCGUAAUCAUUACUUGUAGACAGUUUUAAAUCUAUAGUUUACCCGUUGCCUAAUGUAGUCUUUGGGUAAAUUUCGCAUAGUCUGUCUUCUUUUCAAUAACAGCUUUUCAAAACAUUCACCUCAGCAAUCGAUCAUGCCGGUUAUUAUUAUUACUGAUAUUAUUCAUAAUAAUACUUUAAAUCCAUGGGUGUUAAUCUAGUCGGUUAGAAGAUAACUAGUGAAAUCAGGUUCAAAAAGCCAUUUAUCUACUGCAACUUAAUCAGUCAUAUACUUUUAGCAGCUUUUACACAAUAUAUAUAGGCAUAUGAUUCAGCAUGCAAAUGUGUACGUAUCAGCUCAGUUAAAUUCCUACUGAGUAUUUUCAUCGCGUUUUAGCGCAAUCCAAUUUUACAUUUUCAAUGGUUAAACAAAGAGAUCAGUACAAAACUGUAAGUAAUGGUGCAUCUAUUUAAGUUAAUACAGUCCCACAACAGUACUGAAAAAGACAAUCAACAGAAAUAUGAAAAGAUAAUGAAAAAAAAGAAACAUUUUUGAGAUGAAGAAGAUAAUAAUAAUAGCAUUGUUGUGAACCUCAAGUUUAUAUACAGUGCAGAGUUUGCAGCUUGGUUCUAUCUAUCCCUUAUGCAGAAUCCUCCAGCAAAAUGAUCCGCGUUGUAUCAUUAAAGGAAAUUUUAUUCUAUCCGCAAUAUACUGGAAACUCUGACAUUUUUGUGCCUUCAAAACAGACCAAACGGUGUGUGGAACAGAUUUUUCUUCAAGGACGUAAAUGCGUGUUUAAAACGGAGUAUAAUAGAUCUGUGGAAAAUUAGGUAGCCCAAUGAUUUAAACAUACCGUGUCCCAAUAAUAAAUAAAAGGUAAUUCAAUACUCAUACUUUCAGUAAUGAUUAAUAAAUAAAACGUCUACCUCAUUAUGCAAAUGAGAAAAAAGCUAUUUUAAUCCUUAGUUUCUUGAAGAACUAAUAAUAUUCACUGACUUUAUGAAGAAAUAAUCAAAAUUUAGACAUAUUUUGGUUACUGUUCUGUUUAAGAUUGAGUGAUAGUGAAAGCUUCGGAACUUAAACCAUCUAGCUCAAAGGAUACAAAACAACCCCAAGGAUAUCCAUUUACAUGGGCAACAAAUCUUCUGCAAUAUUUCAAAUGUAGAUAUACUCAGGUACAAGUUAACAGAUGAAAAAAUAUGAUGUAAAUUGUCUCCUAAAACCGAUGAUUACUUUGAUUUUAUUUGAAUGGGACAGCUGAUUAUCAUCUGUAUGAAAUUUCGUUCUCAUUUUUUAAAUAGAUUUACUAGAAUAACCCCUUGAAACUGAAUGAUCAGUUUUGAUAACAGUUUAUAUCAGCUUAUAAACGUCCCUUUAGAAAAGCAUACGUAACAGCAGAAGCCAAUAGAUGUGGUAAUUUGUCUUUCACUUUGUAGACAGCAUUGAAAAACAGGAGAAAUGUCAAUAAUAACACUGGUACACGGAAAGAAUGGUCUUCUAACAGAGUUCCAUAUUAUCAACUUGGAAUGUAAGCAGUUCAGCCGCAUUUGUAGUCUAGAUUUUUAAAAGGCAUACUUUCCUGUUUCUGUGGAGAGUUUGAAUCCAAUGUUUUCACCUAUAAAAUACAAAAUGGUAACAUUUUCUUGAGGAAAAAUAUCCCACUUUAAUUCAUCUAUAUUGUAAAUUCAUACGGGAUACAGUUAGAUUUCUCUUACAUGCCAAAUGUAACCAAAUGUGGAUGUCUACCAGUUUG